UGGAGAACUUUGAGCCUUUUGUUUUCCCGAGAGCUUGGUCGGUAACCGUUACCCUGGAAACGGCGAGGCUAUUUUCAAACAGUGAAUCGGUGCGAGUCAGGGAGGGAGGGAGGGAGGCUCCGCAGUCGGGACGGGACGGGACUGGACUGGCCGCCGCGCUGUUGAAACCCUUGUUGCGGGCGGCCAAACCCUCCACAAGUGCUGGAUGCGGUGCCGUCGCUCGGCGACACACUCUUGCCACCCGGGUUGAAGAGUCAGUCUAGGGGGGGAUGGAGGACUCCUCGUUGUGCGAGUGCCUCAAGGAGAGCCAGGACCCGGAGGCAGCCAAGAAGGCACAGAAUAAAGGAAAACUGCCAAGGAAUGAAAUAACGUUUUUACCACAGUUACCUGCGAGUCGGUCCAAGCCAUUGUGGCAAACAGCAUCACCUUCUUUCUUUCUCCAAACCGAGGAGGAUGAACAAUGUGAUAUAUUGAAGGGUUCACCGCCCCAAAAACGCAAACGGACCAAAGCCUGGGAAUCUGGACCUUCUGGUAGCAACACGGGUGGCGGGACUCGAUCAAUACACGACGGAGCUUUCCAGCCCCAAAAGGAUCGCGAGCAUUUCAGAAGUGCUCUAGUUAAUAUUAUUAUGCAACAAGAAUGUGCAGCCCGACAGCCGCCUCCUUUAGAUGAAACAGAACCGUCAACAUCCGGACAUCCUUCAGCAGCGGAGAAAGACAUCCUUCGGUAUUACUAUUACAUUAAUCAUGGAAUAGACACAGAACAUGUAGCUCCUUUGGAGGACAGUUGGUUGGACGUUGUUUUGUCCUUGGUACCAUUACGACUCAAAAUAUACACUGAAAUUAUUGAGUCGCUUUCAGAUGAGAUGAAAGAGGAUUAUCUUCUUAGUGUAAAGAAGGCAAUAGUGGACUUUGUUUUACGAGACCCCAGGGAGAAGGAGGAAAAAAAGAAAGAAAUCCCCAGUCACCGUGCAGAGUUGGAUGUGGUACCAAAGCCAUGGAACAAAUCUUUUUUGUCAGCACGUAAAUUCAUAAAGGCAAACCUAAAUUCAAUAAAUCCCAGCAUGUUGGCUGUCUUGGAUCUCUGGCAGUGUUCUUUUAAAGAUUUAAGGUUCAUUGAUGUCGACGAAUUUCGUAACCGCAAGGAUUCAAUGGAGCUGACUACAUUCCAGGUCUUGUACAUGAGGCAAAUUGAAUCAGCGAAAGAGAAACUCCUGAAAAAGUGGUUUCCUGAAGUUCAAAAUAUUUAUUAUCUGGGAAGUAAGCGAAAGCAGGUUCCCAUUGGUUCAGACACUGCCAAACUACUGUCUUUUUUUAACUGUGUUGCAACUCUGAUGACUUCACAGCUGCAAAGUUUGACCCUAAAUUCCAUUCAGGACUACACUGAUUUAAUUGUGCAACGUCCGGAUUCUAUUCGUGCUUAUGAACAUCCGGGUUUCAUUUUGCGACUGAUCCUAAACAAUAACGUUAUCCAAUUUGAACCGGAGUUCAAAGAUUUUGAGCUGCUAUUCUUGAAUGUUUAUGAUGUCAUGCUGAAAACAGUGAAUCUAGUACCAAGAGUUGAGACGCGACUGUACGCUGAAUGGACUCAUAUCAAGAGCUACCUAAAACCAAUAAUCUUGGAUGAAAUCCUGGAGGAAAACAAAAGGAAAGUUAUAGAGGUUGUUGCCAAAGAAAGCUUGGGUCCCCAAGAACAUACCAAGCACUAUGAUAAGUAUACCAUGUUUAUAAAUAGGCAAGCUGACUUGGAUGUGGAACAAUUCCUGAAUGAAGAACAUACAUUUGAAGAAACCGCACAGGAAAUUAUUAAGUAUCUGAAUUUGAAAGAAGAUAUUCAGUACAAUACUCAAAAGGUUGUUCGCCUGGGAAUGUUUGAGGUGCACUGUGAUGAACUCAUAAGGGCUCUUGUGAGAAGAGCAGAAGCAUUGUAUGAGAAACUUCUGAAUAGGAUAAGCAAAUACCAUCAGGAUGCAAAUAGAGCGUUAUGUGCAGAAUUUGAGAAGAUAGCAGAGAAGGCCCUCACAACACCUCCAAAUACAGAAGCACUAAUGGAAUUGAAGGCUUACGUGCAAAAAGUUGAAGUGAAAGACAUGGCUGAACUUGAGCUGAAGCUGGUUGAAGCCAAAAACCGCUUGUCUUUUCUUGUUGAUUAUAUAGCGCUCACCCCAAGUGACAUACGAUUAAACAACCAAACGUUUCACUGGAGUGGGCGAAUGGCAGAGAUUUUCGAGGAGCACAAAAGGAUGGUUGCGGAGAAAGAAGAACAGUAUCAGCAAGGGUUGAAGCUCCGCAUUGAGAGAUUUGAAGAAGAACUUGAAACUUAUUCUAAGCAAGCAGAAGAAUUUACCACUUUUGCAGAGAUGUCAGAUGUUGGUCGCUACUUAAGGAAGGCUCAAACAUUAAAUACAAAGCUGAAUCAAGCAAUAGAGAAGAUUGAUCAAAUUAAUGUUGAAGAACAAGCAUUUGGAUGGACUGAAUCUCAGUAUCCUCAGCGUAAACAAGCCAACGAUAUCCUUCAACCAUAUUUAAGGCUGUAUGAGAUGACAGUGGAGUUCAAUACCAAAUACAAUGUUUGGAUGGAGGGUUCAUUUACAGAGGUCAACCCAGAUGAGGUGGAGGCAGAUGCAGGAAACUACUGGCGUGGUCUAUACAAGCUGGAACGGACUUUCGCAGACUCGCCAAAUGCAUUAAAAAUUGCCCAUACCGUUCGGAAAAAGGUUGAGGAAUUCAAAGAGCAUAUUCCUCUUGUUCAAGUCCUCUGCAAUCCCGGAUUACGUGAUCGACAUUGGGAUGCCUUAUCUGAACUUGUGGGCUACUCACUCAAGCCUCCGCCAGAUACGACAGUCACCAAACUUCUCACGAUGCAUCUUGAAUCUUUCUUGCCUCAGUUUGAGGGCAUCAGUGAGGCUGCCAGCAAGGAAUAUUCACUGGAAAAAGCCAUGAAAAAAAUGAUGAGUGAGUGGGACACAAUGGAAUUUGUUCUCAUUGCAUAUCGAGAAACGGGAACACAUAUACUUUCAGCCGUUGACGAUAUCCAGAUGUUGCUAGACGAUCACAUUGUAAAGACACAAACAAUGCGUGGAUCUCCUUAUAUACAGCCAUUUGAAAAAGAAAUCAGAACAUGGGAAAGUAAACUGUUGCUGCUGCAAGAAAUAAUGGACGAAUGUUUAAAAGUGCAGGCAACUUGGCUUUACCUGGAGCCAAUCUUCAGCUCCCCUGACAUCAUGGCCCAGAUGCCUGAAGAGGGAAGACGGUUUACCGCUGUGGAUAAGACUUGGAAGGAACUUAUGAAGCAAGUUAUACUGGAUACGCAUGUUCUAGCUGUGGUAUCUAUAGAUAAAAUGAUAGAUAAACUAAAAAAAUCCAAUGGCCUGCUGGAUUUGAUUCUAAAAGGACUGAAUAACUACUUGGAGAAGAAGCGCCUCUUUUUCCCACGAUUUUUCUUCCUUUCUAAUGAUGAGUUACUGGAGAUCCUUUCAGAAACCAAAGACCCAACCAGAGUACAACCUCAUUUGAAGAAGUGCUUUGAGGGUAUCGCAAAGGUUCAGUUUACUGACAUCUUGGAAAUAACACACAUGAAGAGCAGUGAAGAUGAAGUCGUGGAACUUAUUGACAUAAUUUCUACUGCAAAAGCCAGAGGUCAAGUGGAAAAAUGGCUGUUGGAACUUGAGUCAGCCAUGAUAAAAUCUAUUCACAGGGUUAUUGGCAAAGCGAUGGAAGCUUAUCCAAGUACUGUACGCAUAGAUUGGGUGAGGAACUGGCCUGGUCAAACAGUACUGUGUGUAUCACAGAUGUUUUGGACACAAGAGGUUCAAAAUUAUAUUAAAGCUGGUCAACAGGCUCUCGAGACUUAUCUGGAACAGAAUAAUAAGCAGAUAGAUGAUAUUGUUACCUUGGUCCGUGGAAAAUUAUCCAAGCAGAUUCGUACUACACUUGGAGCUUUGGUCGUGCUAGAUGUACAUGCCAGAGAUGUCUUGGCAGUCCUGGUGAAGAAAAAGAUCAGUGAUGAAAAUGAUUUUGAAUGGUUAAGCCAGCUGAGGUAUUACUGGGAGGAAAAUGAACUUCAGACAAAAAUGAUCAAUGCAGGUUUACCCUAUGGAUAUGAAUAUCUUGGAAACACCCCCAGACUUGUUAUCACUCCACUUACAGACAGAUGCUACAGAACUUUGUUUGGCGCAUUAAACCUCCACCUUGGAGGAGCACCUGAAGGACCUGCUGGCACUGGCAAGACUGAAACAACUAAAGAUUUAGCAAAGGCUGUAGCCAAGCAAUGUGUGGUAUUUAACUGCUCAGAUGGAUUGGAUUACAUUGCACUUGGCAAAUUUUUCAAGGGAUUGCUCUCUUGUGGUGCUUGGGCAUGUUUUGAUGAAUUCAACAGAAUAGAUCUGGAAGUACUUUCUGUUGUUGCCCAGCAAAUUCUAACUAUCCAAAGAGGUAUUGCUGCUGGUUCAGUUACAUUGGUAUUUGAGGGAACUGAACUGAAACUUAACCCAACCUGUGCUGUCUUCAUUACUAUGAACCCAGGCUAUGCCGGCCGUUCAGAGUUGCCAGAUAAUCUUAAGGCUCUCUUUCGAACAGUGGCUAUGAUGGUACCAGACUAUGCAAUGAUUGCAGAGAUUGUUCUUUACUCUUGCGGUUUUGUCAGUGCCCGACCGCUGUCUGUUAAAAUUGUGGCCACCUAUCGACUUUGCUCGGAACAACUAUCUUCACAGCAUCAUUAUGACUAUGGUAUGCGUGCAGUGAAAUCUGUCUUAACUGCUGCAGGAAAUAUUAAGCUGAAGUAUCCAACAGAAAAUGAGGAGAUUUUACUACUACGAUCGAUUAUUGAUGUCAAUCUCCCCAAGUUCUUAUCGCACGAUUUGCCACUUUUUGAGGGAAUCACUUCAGAUUUGUUUCCUGGGAUAAAGCUGCCAAAACCUGACUAUCGUAUCUUACUGGAAGCAAUCAAAGAGAAUUGUGAACGCAUGAAUUUGCAGAUGACUGACUUCUUCUCGCAGAAGAUCUUACAAAUCUUUGAAAUGAUGAUUGUGCGGCAUGGCUUUAUGAUUGUCGGAGAACCGUUUGGUGGGAAGACAUCAGCGUACAGAGUUCUGGCUGCUGCUUUGCACGAUAUUUGUGAAAAGGGACUAAUGGAGGAAAAUAAAGUUCAAAUUACAGUAAUUAAUCCCAAGGCCAUUACUAUGGGUCAACUGUAUGGCCAAUUCGAUAAAGUGUCUCAUGAAUGGUCAGAUGGCAUUCUGGCAGUUAGCUACCGAGCAUUUGCUGUUUCUUCUACCCCAGAUAGAAAAUGGUUAAUUUUUGACGGACCAGUUGAUGCAGUCUGGAUUGAGAAUAUGAACACUGUGCUGGAUGAUAACAAGAAAUUGUGUCUGAUGAGUGGAGAAAUCAUUCAGAUGUCUCCCCAGAUGAGUCUUUUAUUUGAACCAAUGGAUCUGGAAGUUGCUUCCCCUGCUACUGUUUCGAGAUGUGGAAUGGUCUACAUGGAGCCUCUUAUGAUGGGGUGGAAGCCUAUAAUGGUAUCUUGGAUGAAUAAAAUGCCAGCUGGUGUUAGACCCAUGCACAAGGAAUUAAUUGAAGGAUUGUUUGACAGGAUGGUGCCAGUGUGUCUCCAAUUUAUUCGAAAAGCAGCCAAGGAGCUGGCUCCUACUGCUGACAUAGGUUUAGUGCGGUCACUUAUGAACCUAAUGGACUGCCUGAUGGAAGAAUUUACAGAUGCUGCCAAAAUCAAACAAAUGAAUGAACGGGAUAUUUGUUCGUGGCUUGAGGGGAUUUUUCUAUUUUCAUUAAUCUGGUCCGUUGGUGCUACGUCCAUGGAGGAAGAUCGAUUGAAGUUUGACAAACUUGUCCGUGAAAUAACUAAUGGGCCGCUUACUGAAGACACAAGAACAUUAUACAAUUUAUUUCUCCAAGUUGAUCCUCCAGCAAAACUUCCCACUGUUCCAAUUCCUGAGGAGGGAUUAAUUUAUGACUACUUGUUCAUUAAAGAUGGAUCAGGGAGAUGGGAACCGUGGACAGAUACAUUGGCUACUGCUCCCCCCAUUCCAAAGGAUGUCGAGUUCAAUGAAAUUAUCGUUCCAACCAAGGAUACAGUUCGCUACAUGAAACUGAUGAAACUUUUGACAACACACCAGAAGCCAUCGAUAUUUGUGGGCCCAACUGGAACAGGGAAAAGUGUCUACAUCAUUGAUUUCCUACUAAAUCAUCUGAAAAAAGACAUUUACAAACCAUUGCUGAUAAACUUUUCAGCUCAAACCACUGCAGCGCAAACUCAGAACAUUAUCAUGUCUAAGCUGGACAAAAGAAGAAAAGGACUUUACGGUCCACCUUUGGGCAAAAAAAUGGUUGUGUUUGUGGAUGAUGUGAACAUGCCCCAGCGUGAAGUCUACGGUGCUCAGCCACCAGUUGAGCUUCUCCGUCAAUGGUUAGAUCAUUGGAACUGGUACGAUCUAAAGGAUUGCACCAUGAUCAAACUUGUGGACAUCCAAAUUAUGUGUGCGAUGGGACCUCCUGGUGGUGGUCGGAACCCAAUUACUCCACGAUUCAUGAGGCACUUUAACACUGUGACUAUUAAUGAGUUUGAUGACAAUUCUAUGCACAUAAUCUUCUCUAGGAUCCUGCACUGGCAAUUUCACUCAAGGUUUAUUUUCUCUCCAGAAUUUGACACUAUGACUGAACAGAUCGUUAAUGCCACCUUGUACGUUUACAAAGAAGCCAUGCAGAAUCUUCUCCCAACACCGGCCAAGUCUCACUAUCUCUUUAAUCUACGGGAUUUCUCUCGUGUUGUUCAAGGGGUGUGCCUCUCUAAUCCACUGACAGCAGUAGAUCCAGCUGCAAUCAAGCGCCUUUGGGUUCACGAGGUUUUACGAGUGUAUUAUGAUCGUUUGGUGGAUGAUGCCGAUCGAGCUUGGCUUGUUGAUUGUCUUCAAAGAGUGAUGGGAAGUCAGCUGCAGGAGAACUUCAAUGCGCUUUUCAAACACCUGGAUUCUAAAGGUGACGGCCAAGUGAACGAAGAUGAACUUCGCAGUCUGAUGUUUUGUGAUUUCAGUGACCCAAAAGGCGAAGACAAGGGAUACCGGGAAGUCCUUGAUUUCAAGGGUUUAAAGAAAGUGGUUGAGGCUCACCUGGAAGAGUUUAAUAAUCUCAGUAAAAAGCCAAUGAAUCUGGUGAUAUUCAGAUUUGCAAUCGAGCACGUAUGCCGAAUUUCCCGCAUACUAAAGCAGCCACAUAGCCAUGCUCUUUUAGUGGGUGUUGGUGGCAGUGGCCGUCAGUCACUAACCCGUCUUGCAGCACAUAUGGCAGAUUACCUUAUUUUUCAAGUGGAAAUUUCCAAGAGUUAUGGCUCUUACGAAUGGCGUGAAGAUUUAAAGCAAAUUUUCCGUAAAGCCACCGAGGGUGAAAUGCAAGCUGUCUUUUUAUUCACUGACACUCAGAUUAAACAGGAGUCAUUUCUGGAAGACGUCAACAAUCUAUUGAAUGCAGGAGAAGUGCCAAAUCUCUUCCCAGUGGACGAGAAGCAGGAGGUCUGUGAACGUAUGCGUCUAAUUGAUCGUCAAAGAGAUAGAUCAAAGCAGACUGAUGGCAGUCCGUUGGCGCUCUUCAACAUGUUUAUUGAGCGCUGUCGCAAUCAGUUACAUGUGGUUUUAGCAAUGAGUCCAAUUGGAGAUGCUUUCCGCAACAGACUGAGGAAGUUCCCGGCGCUUGUCAAUUGCUGUACUAUAAAUUGGUUUCAGUCUUGGCCUGAAGAUGCUCUGGAGGCUGUGGCAAAACGUUCGUUGGGAGAUAUUGAAAUGUCAGAGAGGAUACGUGUGUGUUGCAUUGAUAUGUGCAAGAGUUUUCACACCACAACAAUUGAAAUGUCUGAAACAUUUUAUACUGAGCUUCAGCGGUACAACUAUGUAACUCCUACUUCAUACCUGGAACUGAUCUCCACAUUUCAAGCCCUGCUUGAGUUAAAACGAACUGAAGUAGUGAAGAUGAAGAAGAGAUAUGAAGUUGGUCUGGAGAAACUGAACUCAGCCGCAUCUCAAGUUCUUGUCAUGCAGUCUGAAUUGGCAGCCCUGCAGCCUGAGCUGAUAGUUGCCAGUGCAGCAGUGGAUAAUAUGAUGAUAAUCAUUGAAAAAGAAUCUAUUGAGGUCUCGAGGACAGAGGAGAUUGUGAAAGCUGAUGAACUUGUUGCAAAUGAUCAAGCCAUGGCAGCAAAAGCAAUUAAAGAUGAAUGCGAUGCUGAUCUGGCAAAAGCAUUACCCAUUUUGGAAGCUGCACUCGCUGCCCUUGACACACUUACGACACAGGAUAUCACUGUGAUGAAAUCUAUGAAAAGCCCUCCGUCUGGAGUAAAGCUGGUUAUGGAGGCAAUUUGUAUUUUGAAAGGAAUAAAGGCAGAUCGAAUUCCAGAUCCUACUGGGUCAGGUAAAAAGAUUGAAGAUUUCUGGGGUCCAGCCAAGAAGGUGCUGGGUGACAUGAAGCUCUUGCAGUCUCUCCAUGAAUACGACAAGGACAGUAUUCCUUCAGCAUACAUCAAUGUCAUUCGGAGCAAAUACAUAACUAAUCCAGAAUUUAUUCCAGAAAAGAUUCGCAAUGCAUCCACUGCAGCUGAGGGUCUUUGCAAAUGGGUCAUUGCAAUUGACUCUUAUGAUAAAGUAGCCAAAGUUGUGGCACCAAAGAAAGCAAAACUCGCAUUAGCUGAAGGUGAAUUAAAAAUAGCAAUGAAUGGGCUCAGGAAAAAACAAGCUGCACUUAAAGACGUGCAAGAUAAGCUUGAAAAAUUACAGGAGAAUCUGGAAACAAAUAAACAGAAGAAAGCAGACUUGGAAAAUCAGGUUGAUUUGUGCAGUAAAAAGCUGGAGCGUGCAGAUCAACUCAUUGGUGGACUUGGUGGGGAGAAGACACGCUGGAAUCUGACAGCCAAAAAUCUAGGACGACAAUACACAAAUCUAACUGGCGAUAUCCUGAUUUCUUCUGGAAUUGUGGCUUAUCUGGGGGCAUUUACUUCGACUUACAGACAGCAACAAGCAGAAAAAUGGAUCCGUAAGUGCAAGAAAAUGCUCAUCCCAUGUUCUGAUGAUUUGUCCCUGACAACCACUUUGGGGGAUCCUGUAAAAAUUCGAGCUUGGAAUAUUGCUGGAUUACCUUCUGAUAGUUUUUCCAUUGACAAUGGCAUUAUCAUAUCAAAUGCUCGCAGGUGGCCAUUGAUGAUAGAUCCUCAAGGCCAGGCAAAUAAGUGGGUUAAAAAUAUGGAAAAAGCCAACAGUCUCCAUGUAAUUAAGCUCAGUGAUGCUGACUUUGUGAGAACGUUAGAAAACUGCAUUCAGUUUGGCACACCUGUUUUGUUGGAAAAUGUUGGUGAGGAGCUCGACCCCAUCUUGGAACCAUUGCUACUUAAACAAACUUUCAAACAGGGUGGAACCAUAUGCAUUCGACUUGGUGACUCUACAAUUGAAUACGCCCCAGAUUUUCGUUUUUACAUCACAACUAAAUUGAGAAAUCCACAUUAUCUUCCAGAAACAUCUGUCAAGGUGACGCUGCUAAACUUCAUGAUCACCUCUGAGGGAAUGCAAGACCAGCUUUUGGGUAUCGUAGUGGCCAGAGAAAGGCCCGACUUAGAAGAAGAGAAGCAGGCUUUAAUUUUGCAAAGUGCGGAAAACAAAAGGCUGCUAAAAGAAAUUGAAGAUAAAAUUCUGGAAAUUCUCUCCACCUCAGAAGGAAAUAUUUUAGAAGAUGAAACUGCCAUAAAGAUUUUAUCUUCAUCAAAAGUACUUGCUAAUGAAAUAACUCAGAAGCAAUCUGUGGCUGAGGAGACGGAAAGGAAGAUUGAUGAGACUCGAAUGGGCUACAGAUCAAUUGCAAUACAUUCUGCCAUCCUGUUUUUCUCAAUCGGUGAUCUUGCCAGUAUAGAGCCCAUGUACCAGUAUUCUCUCAAUUGGUUUAUCAACCUGUUCAUCAUGUCUAUUGAAAAUUCAGAAAAGUCUGAUGAAUUGUCAGAGAGGUUGCAGAUCCUUACGAAAUAUUUCACAUACUCGUUGUACGUGAAUGUGUGUCGAUCGCUAUUUGAAAAGGACAAGCUACUAUUUUCAUUUUGCUUGAAUAUAAACCUAUUAAAACACGACAAGCUGAUUGAAGAAGUGGAAUGGACCUUUUUGCUGACGGGUGGCAUUGGCUUGGAUAAUCCACACCCAAAUCCAACUGAAUGGCUCCCUAAAGCGUCUUGGGAUGAGUUUUGCCGACUUGAUGAAAUUCCAGAGUUUGCAAGCCUUCGGACUCAAUUUGUGGAUCUAUUAGAUGGAUGGAAGGCAGUGUAUGACAGCAUGGAGCCACAUCAAGAGAUGUUUCCUGGCGAAUGGGAAAAUAAGCUGGCAAACUUUCAGAGAAUGCUUGUAAUUCGUUGUCUGAGGCCUGACAAGUUCAUUCCAAUGGCUCAGGAGUAUGUGACUGCCAACCUUGGUCGACGGUUCAUUGAACCACCUCCAUUUGAUUUGAGCAGCGCGUUUGGUGACAGUAAUGCUAUUGCACCCCUGAUAUUCAUCCUCUCACCUGGUGCUGACCCAAUGGCUGCUCUCCUCAAGUUUGCUGAAGAUCAGGGUUUUGGGGGAUCCAAGUUGAGCUCUUUGUCCCUUGGACAGGGUCAAGGGCCGAUAGCCAUGAACAUGAUUGAGAUGGCUGUGAAACAAGGUUCCUGGGUGGUAUUACAAAACUGCCACCUGGCUACAUCAUGGAUGGCAACUUUAGAACGAGUUUGUGCGGAACUGAAUCCGGAAACGACACAUCCUGAUUUCAGACUGUGGCUGACCAGCUAUCCGUCUUCAAAUUUCCCAGUUUCUGUCCUGCAGAAUGGUGUAAAAAUGACCAAUGAAGCUCCGAAAGGGCUUCGGCCCAAUAUUAUCCGAUCCUACCUCAUGGAUCCCAUUUCCGAUCCAGAGUUCUUUGGCAGCUGCAGCAAGCCGGCAGAAUUUAAAAAGCUUCUAUACGGCCUCUGCUUUUUCCACGCACUGGUUCAGGAAAGGCGUAAAUUUGGACCACUAGGAUGGAAUAUCCCAUACGAGUUCAAUGAAACUGAUCUGAGAAUUAGUGUGCAGCAGCUCCACAUGUUUAUUAACCAAUAUGAGGAAGUCCCCCUUGAUGCUUUACGAUACAUGACAGGUGAAUGUAACUACGGUGGCCGGGUGACAGAUGACUGGGAUCGGCGCACUCUACGUUCAAUUCUUAAUAAAUUCUACAACAAAGAAAUUACUGCAAAUCCAAAAUACACAUUUGAUCAGAGUGGAAUUUAUUAUCCACCUGCAGAAGGAGAGUACAUCAGCUAUAUUGAAUAUACGAAGACUCUUCCUUUGAACCCGACUCCAGAAAUCUUUGGAAUGCACACUAAUGCAGAUAUCACCAAAGAUCAAUCCGAGACCCAUAAUCUGUUUGACAGUAUCCUACUUACUCAGUCUCGAACCUCUGGUGCAGCUGGGAAGUCAACUGAUGAGACUGUUUUUGAGGUGUCAACGGAUAUCCUUGGUAGGCUGCCUGCAGACUUUGACAUUGAGGCAGCUAUGAGAAAAUACCCAACCACAUACAACCAGAGCAUGAAUACGGUGUUGGUGCAAGAGAUGGGCCGUUUCAAUAUAUUGCUCAGAACAAUUAGGGAUUCUUGCAUCAACAUACAGAAAGCUAUUAAGGGACUGGUGGUAAUGUCAUCUGAAUUAGAGGAGGUAUCGCAGAGUAUGUUGACAGGAAGGAUUCCAGCAAUGUGGAUGAAGAAAUCAUAUCCUAGUCUCAAGCCACUUGGUAGCUACAUGCAUGACUUCUUAGACAGACUGAAAUUCUUGCAGGACUGGUUCGAAAUUGGAGCUCCUCCCAUCUUCUGGUUGUCAGGUUUUUUCUUCACGCAAGCAUUUUUGACAGGGGGACAGCAAAAUUAUGCCAGAAAAUAUACCAUUCCCAUCGAUCUGCUCACAUUUGAUUAUGAAGUGCUGGAGGACCGGAAUUACAUGUAUCCACCAGAAGAUGGUGUCUACAUAAGAGGCCUAUUUGUCGAUGGAGCACGCUGGGACAGGGAGAAACGUAAACUGGCUGAGUCAUAUCCCAAAAUCCUAUACGAUACAAUGCCUGUGAUGUGGCUGAAGCCUUGCAGGAAGUCUGAAAUUUCUCCACACCAGGUUUACAUCGCUCCAGUUUACAAAACCAGCGAGAGAAGGGGUACAUUGUCCACCACUGGACAUUCCACUAAUUUUGUGAUUGCAAUGAGAAUCCCCUCUGAUCGGCCUUCUGAACACUGGAUUGGUCGUGGCGUUGCUUUACUCUGCCAGCUUAAUUCUUAAGAAUGUUUUUGUCAGCUAUAGCAUGUACCUGUUCAUAGACAAACUUCAUUUUGGAUUUGGCAAAUGUUGAUUUGGUAAAAUGUUUAAAAUAUUUGCUGCAAGUGUAUAACAAUCAGGAUUUCAAGAAACAAUGGUUUCCAUUUUCCAUAAACCUUUCUAAUUAUUUUUA